UGCCAAUGAUUCUUAUUUUAGAUUAUCAAGUGUUGAGUUCAGGAUUCAAUUAUUAUUCUUAACAUAGCCACUGUUAGAACAUGCCCUUGAUGAACUUUUUCGGCCAUAUCUAUAGGUUGCGCAGUAACCUUGUCCAAGAUAUAUGUAUAUAUCGUUGUGACGGAGCCGUAAUUUCCUGUAUCAAGUAUUUUUUAUUUUUCACUGCAGCACCUGCCACCAGAAAAAGAUUAAAAAAAUAUCAGUAAAUAGAGAGGAGCCCACUUUAUUUUUAUAUAUAUUUUUUCAGGACAGG